AUGAUGACUACGACUGGCGAGGCCGGCGAGGCUGAGAGAUCCAAGGAGUCUGCGCCUCCUCCAAGCUAUCCAGAGGGAGGCAGAAGAGCAUGGAUCGUCGUCCUAGGCUGUUUCUGCGUCAUGUUCUAUACAUUUGGCUAUCUGAAUGCUUUUGGUGUCUACGAGACAUAUUAUCUUCGGGAAGCCUUGCACGAGUACUCACCUUCCACCAUCUCAUGGAUCGGGUCGUUGCAGCUGUUCUUCCAAUUCGCUGGUGGACUCAUCGCCGGUCCCAUGACCGACCUUUGGGGCCCGAGGGUCGUGCUGUGGCCGUUCUCCAUCAUCUACGUUGCCUCGGUGAUGCUGACCAGCAUCUGCAAAAAGUACUGGCACUUUAUCCUCGCGCAGGGCGUGCUGGGUGGUCUGGCAAAUGGGCUCGCGUACGCACCCGCCGUCGCAGUGAUCGGACAGUACUUCCACAAGCGGCGGCCUCUGGCUAUGGGGAUAGCCUCGAGCGGGUCGUCGUUGGGCGGCGUCAUUUUCCCUGUGAUGCUCGAUAGAAUGAUCUACCACACCUCUCUGGGAUUUGGCUGGGCUGUCCGGAUCGUCGGCUUUCUUGUGCUGUUUCUGUGCAUGACGGCUUGCCUGACCGUGGUAGCCAGGCUACCACCCAGGAAGGGCCGAUAUUUCCUCCUCCACGCCUUCAAACAUCCGGCUUAUACGAUCCAAGUGGUGGGGAUGUUCUUCGUCUGGUGGGGACUCUUCACCCCAUUCUUCUUCCUGCCGUCCUACGCGGAGUCUAGAGGCGUGCGUCUGGACCUGUCGAUAUAUAUGCUUGCAAUUCUCAACUCGGGAUCGCUCGUCGGCCGUAUAUCGUCUGGAUUCGCCGCACCGCACCUCGGUCGCUUCAAUCUCCUGGUCAUGGCGAGUUGUGCCUGCGGAAUCCUCGUCUUCUGUUGGCUUCGGGUGGUCUCGACAGCGGCGAUCUGUGUCUUCGCUGUCCUCUACGGCGUGUUCUCAGGAUUCGUCAUUGCACUGUUCCCCACCACCAUUGCCGAAGUUUGCGCUCAUCCGACAGAGAUAGGGAGUUACGUCGGCAUGGCACUCGGUGUGUACGGGUUUCCGGGCCUUACCGGCACCCCGAUCACUGGAGCCAUGAUUGCGAGGUACAAAGGGUACGACGAGGCCAUUAUAUUCAGCGGGGCUGUGCUCAUUGCCGGAGCGUCUCUGACUUUCUUGGCGAGGUGUUUGUUUGCAAAAGGCCGUGGGUGGCGCGUGUGA